UCGACGACAGCAAUGGUGCUCCUCUGCCAGCAGCCGACGCGCCGGCGCCCGACACCCGACCGGCCACGCAAGCAGGCCGACCACGAGAACGAGGCCCUCGUGACCUUUGCGCGCAGCCCGGUCUCGAUCUACGCAGCGCUCGUGUCCAUCUCGCUCCAGCACGCGCUCUAUGACCAGUUCGCUGCCUUUCGCUGGCCAACGUUCGCCGAGAUGUACGCGAUGGGCGUCGAGCUCGGCGCCGGCGCCACGUCGGUCGUCAUGGAAGCGCUGCACCGCAAGACAGGCGCGCCGUUCGCGGUCAAGCUCAUCAGCAAGGGCCGCGCGACCUGCCUCGGCAUGAAGGACCACCGCAGCGAGAUUGCGUGCCUCCGGACGCUCCACCACCCCCACAUUGUGAACCUCGUCGACUACUUUGACGAAGACGACGCAGCGUACGUCGUGCUCGAGCUCGUGCCGGGCGGCGAGCUCUUUCUCUACAUGCUCGAGCACGGACCGUGCACGGAGGCCGAGACCAAGCACAUCAUCAAGCAGCUCUUGGCGGCGGUCAUCUACUGCCACGAGCACAACAUUGUGCAUCGCGACAUCAAGCCCGAAAACAUCCUGUUCACACGCGACCCGGAUUCGGGCGCCGUCACGAUCAAGCUCGCCGACUUUGGGUUUGCGACCAGCGUCCGCGGCGACACGCUCUCGCGGCGCUGCGGCACCCAGCGCUACAUGGCGCCCGAGAUGCUGAAAGGCCAGACGUACGGCACGUCGGUCGACGUCUGGAGCAUUGGCAUCAUUACGUUCUGCCUCCUCUGCGGGUUUUUCCCCGAAAUCGACGACGCCGGCAACGUCCAGUUUGACGGCCACAUCUCGCUCUCGCCCGCCGCAAUCGAGUGCGUCGAGGAGAUGCUCACGAUGGAGCCGACGAUGCGGUCGACGGCCAAGGAGGUCCUCUCGCACCCGUGGUUCUCCAACCAGCCGCCACGCUCGACCGGCCGGAAGCGCACGGUCGACAUGUUUGAGACCUUUGGCCUCUUCAUCACCGACAUGCUCCAAUUCGUUGCGUUUUGCCAGACACUCGAGUUUGGUGCCAAGACGCAGCAGACGCUCGAGACGGCUAAUGACGGCCUCGGCAUGAUCCAGUUGUACCUCUCGACCGAGCCGUCGACGAUCUCGAGCAUGUUUACGUUCCUCAGCAACGUGGUCGGGUCGCUCGUCGACGAUAUCUCGAGCGAAGAGCCCGACUUGAUUCCCGUUGCCAAGCAGCUCCAGCGCACGUACGAAGCGCUCCGGCUCCAGCUCGUGCCCAACUGCCCCACGAGCCACACGCUCAUGGCGUGUAUAUGAUGCUACCCCGAUGGUCCGUCGUGU